UUGAUGCAAAACUCACCGUGACCGGGUUCUAUUUGGUUGGCGAAAAAUAGGGUAUUUGCAUAAGGCUUCCAUUCAGUUCCUUCGCAAGCUUCUGCAAUGAGUGAUAAAAAGAAAGCCCUCUUCAUUUGCCUCGGGAACAUCUGCCGGUCGCCGAUCGCCGAGGCCGUGUUCCUCAAAGCAAUAGUCAAUGCCGGCGUAGCGGACCAGUGGGAAGUGGACAGUGCUGCAAUCGGAUCCUGGCAUGUUGGACGUAGUCCGGACCAUCGAGCGUUGGCAACAAUGAAAAAACACGACCUACCGUACAGCAACAAAGCGCGUCAGAUCAAGAAGGCCGACUUCGAGCACUACGACUACAUCUUCGGGAUGGACGGGGAAAAUAUUGCCGAUCUGAAGGAACGUGCACCGAAGGAUGGAGGCAAGGCAAAGAUUUUGCUGCUCGGUGAUUUCGACCCACAGCAGCCGGGUGCGAUUAUCCGCGAUCCGUAUUACGACAGUGGCUCGGAAGGAUUUGAACAGUGCUAUGUGCAAUGCGUGAGAUGUUGCGACUCCUUCUUGGCAAAGGCACAAAAGGGUGAGAUUUAACGAAAUAGAUUUAAAAUUUAUUUCAUAAUGUACUGAAAAACGGCAAUAAAGUUU